UUGUGUUGGAACACCUGUUGUUAAACCAGCCAAUCCUGUGGCAGCUUCCCAUCCUGCAGAGAAGUCCAUUGAUCAUGUGACUUCUGAGGCCACGUGCAGCUCGAGGACUGAUGGACCAAUAGAAACCAUCAAACUCUGAAACACGUAGAAACAGAACAAGCUGCAGCUCAGCAGGUUUCCUCUCACGUCAUGUGACCUGAAACCAGUUCAGAGCAUCUGGUGCUGAACCAGUUGAACAACGUCUCCCAUCACCUCUCCUCCUGUAACCAGUGUGCUGCUCCACAGGUUGAUGGCCGCCCGUCCUCCUCCGGUCCCGUCCACUCUCACCUCGUGGCUCUCCAGCUUCCUGCCCUGCGGCGUCGCGGUGGGACCGUCCCGGCUCUGCGAGGGACGACUGGGGCUGUGGUGGGUGGGCCGCUGCCUGGGGGCCGGGGCCCUGCUGGGCAGGGGGGGGGACACAGACUGGACCUGGAAGCAUCACAGCGGCCCAGAGGAGGACCUCGCCCUGAACUCCCACAGCACUGAGGCACAAAAGGCACUGAGACAGAAAGUAAACAAGGAGGCUCUUCUACAAAAAUCCGUUUGGAUCAACUUUGCGUGCCGAGCGCUCAGCAGAGCUCAGCAGAACGUGGCUGUGCAGUGUGUGUGUGGACAGAUGUGUGUCGGCGAGUGUGUGGAUGUGUUUCUGCGUGUGUGUGAGGACGUCCGGCCUGGAACCGAGCUGCUGUUUUAUGACGACACUGAAGGAGACGGUCACACAACAGAUGAGACCAACACACAGGAGAACUCGGAUCAUGAAAAAGACCCAGAGAGCACAACUAAGAAGAUCUCAAUCUAUCGAGAAAAGGAAGAGAUGGACAAACACAAGGAGGGAAAACAGGAGGAGGGGGAGGAGGAGGGACGGAACAGACACCCCUGCAGACGCAUGAAGAAGAGUCACCCAGUCAGACCCAGGAGGAGGAGGGGGGGAGUGGAGGGAACCCCGUCUGAUGGAGGAGUGCAGGGAGGUGAUGGUGAAGGGAGGACAGCUCAACAGGGUCACUCUGACUCCAGAGGCCUCCCUGCACCUCCUCAUGUCCGCUGCAGCUCCCGUCUGGCUGCGAAACCACGACGGGUUCACUGUCAGGCCGGCCUGGUGAGGCCCCCCCCCGCCCGCCCAGACCCGCCUGGACACACUGAGGGGAAGAGGCGGAGCUCCGCACAGGGCGCCAGGUGCAUCCCAGAAAAGAUGGUUUCCAUAAAGACGGUACAGCCUGAGGCUGAGGCCGCCGCGGAGGUCAGAGAGAGACGCUACAGAUGUUCCAGCUGUGGCAAAACGUUCUACCAGCUCAGCCACUUAAAGAAACAUCAGUUCAGUCACACAGAGGAGAAACCGUUCAGCUGCCAAGAGUGUGGGAGGAGCUACACGUCUGCAGAGAGCUUCAGAGCCCAUCAGAUGAGUCACCGUGGGGAGCGUCCCUUCUCCUGUCCUCACUGUGAGAAGACGUAUGGACUGAGGAGGGACCUGAAGGAGCACAUGGUCCUGCACACCGGGGAGAAGCCCUACUCCUGUGAGCACUGUGGCAAAGCGUUCGGCCGCCGCCCCUCGCUCCGCAUCCACCGCCUGCUCCACUGCAGCAGGAAGCUCUACACGCAGCCUCCCAAGGUGCCGUGCACGCUCUGCCCCAAGCUGCUGGCCAGCGGCAGCUCUCUGAGGAACCACAUGAAGCUCCACUCCGGAGAGAGGCCUCACGUGUGUCAGACCUGUGGGAGGAGCUUCAGUCAGAAAGAUUCUCUCCGUCCUCAUAUUCAGCGUCUGUUGCUCGACUCAGGAAACCUGGAGUGCCACUUGAGGAUCCACAGCGGAGAGAAGCCCUAUCCCUGCUCCCAGUGUAACCAGAGCUUCUCCCAGAAACCAGAGCUGCGCCGGCACACGAUGGGCCACACGGGUGGAGGCUUCCUCUGCAGCUACUGUGGGAAGUCCCUGAGGGACCCACACAGCCUGAAGGCCCACGAGCGCCUGCACACCGGAGAAAGGCCUCAUCGCUGCCCCGUCUGUGGAAAAGGUUACACGCUGGCCACCAAGCUGAGGAGACACAUCAAGUCCUCUCACGUGAUGGAGAAGCCGUACAGCUGCCACUGUGGUGCGUCCUACACCGUGAGGCAGAGUCUGCUGAGGCACCAGGCUCAGCACAGGAAGGAGGGAGGAGCUCAGGAGGAGGUGGAAGAGGAGGCAGCACACAGGGAGGAGACGGACAGCAGCUGGAACGAUGCCACUUUAAACUCAACUCACCCGAAGCCAAUCAGAGGCCGACCCAAGAAGAACCCCCUCCCAGCAGAGGCGGAGGAGAAGGAGGUGAAGGAGGUGAAGCGGAGAAAGGGAAGAGGGGAGGAGAAGGAGGGGAGGCAGGGAGGAAGGAGCAUUGAAGAGGACCACACUUCAAGAGGAGGAGAUGAGGAGGGUAACCUCCAGCACGCCGUCGUCUACGUCCACGCAGACGACCUGUCAACGCCAAGCUCCGCCCCUCUGCUCCUCGCCUCGGAGAACUCCCUGUCUGCAGGGGCGGGGCCGGAGCUGGUGGAGGUGGUGAUGUCAGAGGGUGCAGAGCAGUGCAUCGUGGUCCAUGGGCAGCAGGCGGGAGGAGAGCUGCUGAUCUUACAGGAGGAGGAGAGCGGACUCUGCUCGGUGGCUCAGACUGUGGAGAUAAACAGCGUGUAGAUCUUUUCUUGUGUGUCCUUCUCCUCAUUUAAAGAACCAGGACUCCAGUGUUCACCUCAUCCUGCUGCUCAGGCUGGAGAUGGUGUCCAGGCUUCAUCUUCUUCUCACCCUGAUUGUAAAUGAGUGACCUGGUGGCUCCAUGUUGCUCUUCACUGCCCAGUGCUGACUGGGCUGACUGGGCUGACUGGGCUGACUGGGCCUGGCGGGUCAGGCUCCCUCCAGGUCUGGAUCCAGGAGGGUCACAGUGGGUUCUUUUCUGUAUGUGGCUCUUUGUCUGGCCUCCCUUUCUGCUUUGGCCUUCAGCUUUAAGUAGAUGAUGACAGGAAACAGGAGAAGGUCCUUCAGAGAUCCAGGGACCUGCCCUGAUGGAUUAAAUGUUGCUCCACGAACACAGAUGAUUUGAAAACUCAACCCCCCCCCCCCCCCCAACGGAUCUCCUAAGAAUGUAUGUCACAUGACUGCAAAGAUGAAUAAUUAUCAUUAAAACAGAAUAAUAAGAUUACAGUGUGUCACAGAGUCGACUAAUUAUAAAUGACAUGUCACGUUACCUGAUGAUCGGGUUCCCUGCUGGAGACGGGUCUGGAGAUUCUACUGGCGCGUUGUUUCCUGCCUCCAGGAACAUCCCAUAAUCAAAGACUGUAAAGUAAGAGAAACCUGAAGGAAGAACAACGAGACGAGUUCAACAUGCGUUUCUCUGCUGCUCUGGGAUCAGGUUCUUUAGACGAAGGCUGAGAAGCUUCAUGGCCUGCUGAAGACAGACAGGAGGACAGAAACCCAGCAUCUGGAGAAGAGCGUCCAGGUGCAGCUGGGUCUAGAAGCUCCAGAUGGUGUGACGCUCCAGAUCCAGACGAGAAGAGGAGCUCCUCCAAACUGUCAGUGUGUCUGUGUCUCACCUCCUGCUGGAGGUUCAGCUCUGUUAGGAAUGAUGAUCACACGCUUCAGUCUUUAUGAAACUGUUUACUGUAAACAUCACAAACACAUUUUCAACGUGA